GUGCAAUUCACCCCACUCAGAAAUGGCAAAAUCGAAAACAAAGCGAAGGGCGCAAGGUCCCGAAAAUGUUGGAACAGCCAAGAAAGUCAAGACGAGCGGGACCAUAACACCGCCUCCCGAUGGGACCGAACCCAAGACGCUCCGCUCGGUGGGGCUAGAGGAAGACGACCUGGAUAUCGCCGUUGACACUCUCCGGACGCUCACGGAGAACCCGAGCGUUAUCAAGACCAAAGCUUGUAAAGAUUUACGGACGGCUGUUUAUGAGUUCCGGCAGGCUUGCACGACUGGCCUCAAUGUUUCUGGUGAUACCAAUCUCACGGCGCGGAUCAGUGGUGCUCUCGCCGAUGGAGGGUACAUGGAAGCACGGAUCCUACUUUCAGAGAUGCGAAUCAGAGGGAAGAAGCCGAAAUUAGGGGCGUUAUGCCGAUGGGUACGAGACCUCGACGUGGUCAGUGGAUUGGCAGAGCAAUUGGACGAGGCAGGGCGCGCGAGAACAUCGAGAGAAGAGGAGCUUCUGGUGGUUCUAGACGCCAUCCUACGACUCACAGGCCCGACAGACUACACGGGCGGUGCGGUUGGGGCCGGGCCCAUCAACCCUAGACAGGCGUGGGACCUGAGAGACGACGGCCCGCGCAGGAUGGUUUAUGACGCUGUCCAGGACGGCAGCAUCUUCGAUUCGUUACCAACGGAUGUCGCAACCAAGUUCCGCAUCAUCGAGGAAACCCCAGGGCUGCAACGGAAACCGCCGAACCUCCACCCGGCGAUCCUCCAUGCUUCGAGGGACGACACGAUCCUCCUCUCGCCCAAUGCACCCAAGACCUCAAUCCACACGCACCCGGUUGUCCCAAACCUCCAUCUUCUGAAAGAUGUCCUCUCCGCUGAAGAAUGCACUCAGAUCAUCGCGGUAGCGGAAAAGAUCGGCUUCACGCCUGACGCGCCCAUCCGAGCCGAGGGAGAGGAGAGCAGUAUUCUAGCACACAACUUUUACUGGAUCAUCGAUACUGCAUUCCACGACAAGCUGUGGAGUCGCGUGCAAGCUUUCGUUCCUGAGAACGUCGGCGGGAAGAAGGUCAGAGGUCUGAAUCGAAGAUUCCGGGUUUACAGAUACGUUCCCGGCGCCGAGUAUCGCGCACAUAUCGACGGCGCCUGGCCCCCCUCUUCAAUCGAUCCUAUCCACUCGACCUACAUCUACGAUGCCUCUCCGCCCGACGCCAAGCAAUCGUCCCUCUUCACAUUCCUCAUCUACCUCAACGACGAGUUCGCGGCCGGCGAGACGAGUUUCUUCCUCCCGAGCGCGCGCGAGGGCUGUCUGAAUGCGUAUUCGGUGAAGCCGAUCCAGGGCAGCGUGGCCAUGUUCCCGCAUGGCGAGACGGAGGGCAGCUUGUUGCAUGAGGGCACCGGGGUGAGGAGGGGCGCGAAAUAUGUGAUUCGGACGGAUGUCUUGUAUGAUGUUGAUGUUGGGGUAGGGAAUUGAGUGGUCGUUUGAGUGGAUUGAUUCAUGAUGACAUGAGUGAUU